AUGAGUUCCACCACCACCACCACCACCACCACCACCAACCCAGACUAUGAUCUAAACACGCCCAUCCACAAAGGCAGCAGCGGCCUCCGCGCCGGCCUCCCCUCGUACGGCGACGCGCACUUCUCCCUCUUCCUGCGCAAAGUCUUCAUCAAGGCGCUCGGCUACAGCGACGACGCGCUCGGGCGGCCCAUUGUCGGCAUCGUCAACACGUACAGCAGCUUCAACCCGUGCCACGCCAGCGUGCCGGCGCUCGUGGCGGCGGCGACGCGCGGCGUGCAGCUCGCCGGCGGCCUGGCCAUGGAGUUCCCCACCAUCAGCCUGCACGAGUCGUUUGCCAGCCCGACGAGCAUGUACCUGCGCAACCUGAUGAGCAUGGAUACGGAGGAGAUGAUUGCCGCCCAGCCGUGCGACGCCGUCGUGCUCGUCGGCGGCUGCGACAAGACGACCCCGGCCCAGCUCAUGGGCGGCAUCUCGGCGAACAAGCCGAUUCUGCAUCUCGUGACGGGACCGAUGAUGCCGGGGAGUCAUCGGGGCGUGCGGAUCGGUGCCUGCACCGACUGUCGGAACAAUUGGGCCAAGUUUCGCGCUGGCGAGAUGGACAUUGAGGACAUUUCAGCGAUUAAUGACGAGCUUGCACCUACUGCUGGUACGUGUGGUGUCAUGGGCACGGCGAGUACAAUGGCGUGCAUUCUGGUCGCACUCGGUCUGAUGCCUUUUGCCGGCGCCUCUGCUCCUGCGGUUUCGUCCUCGCGGCUGCGCAUCGCGGAGGAAACCGGCAAAUACGCCGUCGCCGCAUGCAGAAAAGAUACUGAUUUGACACCGCAGGCGCUGCUUUCGCGCGAGUCGUUCCUGAAUGCCAUGACCGUGUUGCAAGCCAUUGGUGGAUCGACGAACGCCGUGGUGCAUCUCAUGGCCAUUAUUGGGCGCCAUCCGGCAGUGGCCGGGACUAUAACAUUGGACACUGUGGAUGAGAUUGGGCGGAAGACGCCGCUGCUCGUCGACUUGAAGCCCAGUGGCGAGAAUUACAUGACCGACUUCCACAAUUCUGGUGGCAUGCUCGCUCUCCUUCACCAGCUCAAGCCCCUGCUCUACCUCGAGGCGAGAACUUACACUGGAAACACUUUGGGACAAGAGCUCGCCAGAGCCACUCCGCUCUCCGUCCCGCAAGAACUCAGCUGCAUCCAGCCAUUCACAUCGCCGCUCUAUCCCUCCUCGUCCCUGGUCGUCCUCCGAGGAAACCUCGCCCCCGGCGGCGCCGUCAUGAAAGCCGCCGCCUCCAAAUACCGCUCCCUGCUGAACCACCGCGGCCCAGCCGUCGUCUUUGCCGGCUCCGCCGACCUCGCCCACCGCCUCGAUGACCCGGCGCUCGACGUCACUGCGGACUCAGUUCUCGUCCUCCAAAAUAUCGGGCCAGUCGGUAACCCGGGCAUGCCUGAGGCUGGCAUGAUUCCCAUCCCGCGCAAGCUGGCGCAGCAGGGCGUGGCCGACAUGUUGCGCGUGUCGGACGGACGGAUGAGCGGCACGGCAGGCGGCACGAUUGCGUUGCACGUUUCGCCGGAAGCCGCUGAUCCGGCCUCGGUGCUGGGCAUUGUGCGCACGGGGGACUGGAUCGUAUGCGACGUCGAGAGGCGGCUGCUCGAGGUGGAACUGUCCGAUGAGGAGAUUGCGCUUCGACUCGAGCAACGAGGAAGUAUUUUGAAGGAAGAGGACAAGGUAACGUGGCAUACAAGGCAUAAGACGAGAGGCUACAGGGGUCUCUACCUUCGAUCCGUGAACCAGGCUCAACAUGGUGCGGAUUUCGACUUUCUCACAGCGGCCGGCCCUUCAUAA